UCCAGGAUCCCAGUGCAAAGUUCCUCUGGGGAUGAUGGGAUUUGUGGUAGCCCAAACACACUCCAAGGGAGUCAGAUCGGGGAAGUCUGGCCUAAUGUACGGGAUUGCCCAGCCUGGGCUAAGGCAGCCUGUGGGGGGGGGGCGUUCUUCCAGAUGUUUAGGGCCAGGCCAAGAGAGAGAGAGAGAGAGAUGAUGGAGACUGAAGUCCAAAAUAUACAUUUACUAAUGGAUUUUGCAAAUUUAAGCUCUUUUCUUUGGUGCUUGCUUAUUGCUGUGUCCUGGUGUGUCUCAGUGCCUGACUUGUGCUUUUUUUUUUGCCUUGUGCCUGGCAUCUCUCUUAAAUGCAGGUAGUCCUCGACUUACGUCGGUUCGUUUAGCGACCGUGCAAAGUUACCAUGGCUCUGCAAAAAAAAAAAAAAAAAAAGGGACUUCCAUGGCGGUAUUUCCUAGGGUCACAUGAUCGAAAUUCAGAUGCUUGGCAACUGGUUCAUGUUUAUUUAUUUGUUUUUAAUUUAUUAUUCAAACUUCUAUACCGCCCUUCUCCUUUCGGACUCAGGGCGGUGAACAGCCAAAAUAAAAACAUUUAUACAUAACAUUGCAAUUAAAAAUAGAUUUAAAAUAAUUAAUAAAUUUGGCCCAUAAUUUAAAAUUUGUCAAUUUAAAAUCAGUAUCAAAAUUUUAAAACCAACCCUAAAAUCAAGACAGACCGGCUAACUGAAAAAAGUAAGUUUUUAGGGCCCGACGAAAAGUCCGGAGGUCGGAGAUCACUCGUAUCUCUGGGGGUAGAUUGUUCCAAAGGGUAGGUGCCACCACAGAGAAGGCUCUCCUCCUGGGGGUCGCCAGCCGGCAUUGUCUGGCCGACAGCACCCUGAGGAGGCCCUCUCUGUGGGAGCGAACUGGCUGGUGGGAGGCUAUUGGUGGCAGAAGGCGGUCCCGUAAGUACCCCGGCCCUAAACCAUGACGGUUGAGGUGUCCUGUGGUCAGCUUUUGCCACCUUCCGACCAGCGGUCAACGGGGAAACCAGAUUCGCUUAACAACCGUGUUAGUAACUUAACAAAUGCAAUGAUUCACUUAGUAACUGUGGCAAAAAAAAGUUGUAAAAUGGGGCAAAUACAAUUAACAAAUGUUUCACUUAGUAACAUAAAUUUUGGGUUCAAUUGUGGUCGUAAUUCGAGGGCUACCUGUACACAUCCGUGGGUGAACAGGUUGGUUGGGACACUCAUUUUGGGAACCUAAAAGUAGGAUUUGAAGCAGGGCGGUGUUUCUGGUUUUGAGUGGGAAGGAAAAGCAUCCACCUACUCUUUCAUGAAGUCCAUGCUACACCUUCCCAGAGUCUCAUGUUUACCCUUCAGGCUGUUUCAUAAGCGUGCCCUGUACCACUUUUCUUCCUCUAUUGUUUUGUGGAAGAUACCUGUUUCUAAUUUUGUGUUGUCAUUAAUGACCAAUAAUGAGAUUGUCCAAAGUGACCAAACAGUAUGUGAUGACUUGUUUAAAAACAAGGUGUCAGCACUUCAAGCUGCAUUUUACUCUAAUGCUGACAUAAGAAGGAGAAGCGGAGGCGUCUGGAAAGGGACGUUUGACUUUUCACCUACUUAUUUUCCCUGGAGAUAAUAUCCCCUAGGAGAUGGGAUGGGAGGGGGAAAAUUCCUUUGAGCUGGAGCUGUAGAUUAGGGGUAGAGUGACUUGGAAGAUGGCCAAUGAGUGCAGGGGAGUGGGGAACGGAAAGGGAGGGUUUUGGGUCUGGAAGUCAGUGUUGGCUGCAAUGGAAUCGGAGUAGAAUGUCGUGCUUAAUAAAUGGGAGUCUUUUUCAUCAAAGACUUUGUUUGAAAUGCAAUUUAUUUGAAACGACCUCGAAACCUGACACAAGGACAAUUUGGAAGUUUGGAAAACAAUCUAUGGAUUAUUUUUGUCUUUGUGCCUUUUAUGUUGCGAGUCCCAAUGUAAAGCAAAAUCAAAUCAGACUUCUAUCUGAUGACUAUGACUAUGAAGUAACAGUAACAGAGUUGGAAGGGACCUUGGGGUCAUCUAGUCCAACCCCCUGCUCACGCAGGAGACUAGGCGUACGUCAGUUGCAAAAUGAGCAUUCCGGAUUACAUGCAGUGUGCGGAAGAUCAUCAAACUUUACUAGUUGUGGUCCAGCCAGAUGGGAUUGUUCCCGAAGAGAGCUUUUUUAAGAUCUACAAGCGAAUUUCAACCGUGAGUCAGAUCAAUGUCCGUGACUCUCAGCGAGUUCUUUAUAUCCGCUACAGACAUCAUUACCCACCAGAAAACAACGAAUGGGGAGAUUUUCAGACGCAUCGUAAAGUUGUGGGAUUAAUAACCAUCACGGAUUGUUCCUCUGGAAAAGACUGGCCUCAAACUUUUGAAAAAUUCCACCUUCAAAAAGAAAUUUAUAGCUCAACUCUUUAUGAUUCCCGGCUGUUUGUCUUUGGACUUCAGGGAGAAAUUGCAGAGCAAACUCGUACAGAUGUGGCAUUUUAUCCUAGUUAUGAUGAAUGUGAAAAUGUGGAAAAAAGAAUAGAAGACUUCAUUGAGUCUCUUUUCAUUGUAUUGGAGUCCAAACGUCUUGACAGAGCUAUCGAUAAAUCUGGAGAUAAGAUCCCACUUCUGUGUGUUCCUUUUGAAAAAAAAGAUUUUGUUGGCCUGGAUACAGACAGUAGACAUUAUAAAAAGCGAUGUCAGGGUCGUAUGCGGAAACAUGUUGGGGACCUUUGCCUACAGGCCGGGAUGUUGCAAGAUUCCCUUGUUCACUAUCAUAUGGCUGUGGAACUUCUCCGUUCUGUAAAUGACUUUUUGUGGCUCGGAGCUGCUCUUGAAGGAUUAUGCUCAGCCUCCGUCAUCUAUCACUAUCCUGGGGGCACUGGAGGUAAAAUUGGGUCUCGCAGGGCACAAGGAGGCUCACUUUCUGCAGAGGCAGGUAACAGGCAUAGACCUGGUGCACAAGAAGUUCUUAUUGAUCCAGGGGCCCUCACAUCAAAUGGCAUCAGUGCAGAUACAAGUUCUGAAAUAGGACGAGCUAAGAAUUGUCUGAGCCCCGAAGACAUCAUUGAGAAGUACAAAGAAGCUAUCUCCUACUACAGCAAGUAUAAGAACGCUGGCGUCAUUGAGCUGGAAGCUUGUGUGAAGGCGGUGAGAGUGCUUGCAAUACAGAAAAAAAGCAUGGAAGCUUCUGAAUUCCUCCAAAAUGCUGUUUAUAUUAACCUUCGUCAGCUUUCUGAAGAAGAAAAGAUCCAGCGCUACAGCAUUCUUUCUGAGCUCUAUGAGCGAAUUGGAUUUCAUCGCAAAUCCGCUUUUUUCAAACGAGUGGCCGCCAUGCAGUGUGUAGCCCCAAGCAUCGUAGAACCUGGUUGGAGAGCCUGCUACAAACUUCUUCUGGAAACGCUUCCUGGUUAUAGCCUGUCUUUGGAUCCUAAAGAUUUCAGCAAAGGAACUCAUCGUGGUUGGGCUGCUGUGCAGAUGCGUUUACUUCACGAGUUAGUGUAUGCCUCUAGGAGAAUGGGAAACCCAGCACUUUCCGUCCGACACUUAUCUUUUCUUUUACAAACCAUGCUAGAUUUUCUUUCUGACCAAGAAAAGAAAGAUGUAACACAAAGUCUAGAAAACUAUACAUCAAAAUGCCCAGGAACAAUGGACUUCAUUACCCUUCCAGAUGGCUUAAAGCUCCCCCCUGUGCCAUUCACCAAACUUCCUAUUGUAAGAUCUGUCAAGCUCCUAAACCUCCCCGUUAGCCUUCGGCCACAGAAAAUGAAAAGCCUGCUGGGUCAGAACAUGGCAACGAAAAGUCCCUUUAUAUAUUCGCCAAUAAUCGCUCACAGUCACGGAGAGGAGCAAAGCAAAAAAAUAGAUUUUCAAUGGGUUCAGGGAGACGUUUGUGAAGUUCAGCUGAUGGUGUACAAUCCGAUGCCCUUUGAACUCCGGGUAGAAAAUAUGGGACUACUGACGAGCGGCGUUGAGUUUGAAUCCCUCCCUGCAGCUCUCUCGUUACCUGCAGAAUCUGGUCUCUAUCCUGUGACACUUGUUGGUGUUCCUCAGUCCCCAGGCCAGAUCAACGUUAAUGGCUAUCGUACCUCAGUCUUCGGAGUCUUCAGUGAUUGCCUUUUGGAUAAACUGCCAGGAAUAAAGACUAGUGGUUGUACAGUGGAAGUCAUUCCAUCUUUACCUAGGUUGCAAAUCAGUACUUCAUUACCCAGGUCUGCUCGUACACUUCAGCCUUCUUCGGGGGAUGAAAUUACCACCAGCGUGUCUGUCCAGCUGUACAACGGAGAGACUCAGCCACUCAUCAUUAAACUUGAAAAUAUUGGAACAGAACCUCUGGAGAAGCUGGAGGUUACAUCCAAAAUGGUCAACGUAAAAGGAAAACUGUUUGGUGACUUCUUGAGUUGGAAUCUAGAAGAUACACUCUCCCAGUUUCCUUUAAAGCCGGGAAGUGUUGCUGUAUUUACUGUGUAUAUUAAAGUCAAGCUUGAUUUCUCCUGUCAUGAAAACCUUCUGCAAGAUCUGAAUGAUGAUGGAAUUAGUGUGAGUGGUUUUCCACUUUCCAGUCCGUUUCGACAAGUGAUAAAACCACGUAUAGAAAAUAAGCCUAUGAAUCCACAGGAAGCCACUAAAGUUGGUGACUUUAGCCACAUAAAGACGCUGGAAGCCAUCUUGAAUUUCAGAUACUCAGGAGGUCCUGGACAUAUUGAGGGAUAUUAUAGGAACUUGUCCCUGGGACUUCAUGUGGAAGUUGAACCAUCUGUAUUCUUCACACGUGUCAGUACCUUGCCCGCAACAAGUACUCGCCAAUGCCAUUUGCUCCUUGAUGUGUUCAAUUCAACGGAACAUGAACUCAUGAUCAGCGCAAAGAACAAUGAAGAUUUAGUGUUGCAUGCUGGAGAAUGCCAGCGCAUGGCUAUACAAGUCGACAAAUUCACCUUCGAAAGUUACCCAGACUCACCCGGUGAAAGAGUACAAUAUGCAAAUCCAAAGCAGCUGGAAGAAGAGAGAAAGCAAGCAAAAAGCCUGGAGAUCAACAACAAGUUAGACAUUGUCUGGAAAAUUCCCUCUUUGAAGCGUGAAGGGGAGGCCAGCGUGGAAGGGAUCCUUAAUCAGGUUGUCCUCGAUCACCUGCAGUUGGCGCCUCUCCAGUGGGACGUGUUGGUGGAAGGAAAACCCUGUGACUCAGAUAUUGUAGCAGACUGCACCGUCGGGGAUCCAGUGAAGCUCGAAGUGAAACUGACCAAUUGGAGCAAGCACAACGUCGGACCCUUCUCCCUCACUGUGAUCCCCUACCAAGAUUAUCAAAACGGCGUCCACAAUUACGAUCUCCAAGAUGGCAUCUCUUUUGUUGGCUCCAACACCUUUUAUAUCGACACAGUGAAGCCGACCGAAAACUCCAUGUGUGUCGGGGCGCUUCUAUUUCUCUGCACGGGAGACUUUUACCUGAACAUCAAGUUUCACGAAGGCCACUCGAGCAAGGAGUUUCCCCCGUCCUGGUUAUGCCUGCCCAGCGUUCACAUCCGAGCGGUGCACUCCGUGAUCCAGACCAAGUUGUAAAUGUCAGUGGUAGCGUAGCCUAAGUUCACCGCCUUGCUCAGCAAGGCUGGCUCUGGGUUCGCCUCUCUCUCUCUCUCCUUCUCUCUCUCUCUCUCUUGCUUUCUACUCCCAGGUUUUCUACAUGCCUUGGAGAGACAGUGUUUAAGUACUACCUGCAAGUAGCCAACUGUACCCGGACAAUCGCGUUUGCUCGUUUAAGAAGAGGCAACGUUAGAUACCGAGGAACUGGAUUUUCUUCAUUCACAAAGGUUUACAGCAGGGGUCUCCAACCUUGGCCAUUUUAAGUCUUGUGGACUUCAACUCCCAGAAUUCCUCAGCCAUUCUGGGAGUUGAAGUCCACAAGUCUUAAAGUGGCCAAGGUUGGAGACCCCUGGUUUACAGAGUGAUCUCUCUUUUAGAAAUACAUUUCCAUUAUUAAGAUAUACGUAACACUGGACUGUAUCCACUGAUUUCUCAAAAAUAAUCCUCAAAUUAAUUGCAUCCUUGCUUGUCUGUUUGGAAGAUGUAUAUAAAGUUAUAACGUAAGUCAUGACCUGCACUUCUAAUUUUUUUCUAUUCUGUUCCCUUGAGCUUUUCGUAUUCUUUUAAACUUUUAAAAAUCUUCUAAAUCUCUCUCUCUAUAAAAGCGAGAACCACUCACACAUUAAUCACGAAAUCUCCAGAACCGUAAAGCCCACAAACUUGAAAUUUGCCAUGUAUGUUCCUCUUGGCUUCUAGGCUUUCUUUCUUCACUAAGAAAGGAUUUUUCGAAAUGACCAUCUGAGCAAUAGUAUUUCCUAUAUUAUUAUUAAGACUCUCUGGUGCUAAUUAGUUAGACGUUCUACUCCCCCUCCCAACUUGAAAAUAACUCUGGAGAGAAUGGGAUAGCAUAGGGGAGGCUUCUGUGGGGCAAGCCUCAGGGAGAGAAGGGGCUAGAAAGCCUGAGGGAAAGAAGGGGAUAGGAUGGGAGAUGUUUCUGUGGGGCCAGCCUGAGGGAGAGGAGAGGCUUCUAUGGGGCAAACCUCAGGGAGAGAAGGGGCUAGAAAGCCUGAGGGAGAGAAGGGGAUAGGAUGGGAGAUGUUUCUGUGGGGCCAGCCUGAGGGAGAGGAGAGGCUUCUAUGAGGCAAACCUCAGGGAGAGAAGGGGCUAGAAAGCCUGGGGGAGAGAAGGGGAUAGGAUAGGAGAUGUUUCUGUGGGGCAAGUCUGAGGGAGAGAAGGGGAGAGGAUAGGGGAGGAUUCAAGCUUGUAGUUUCCUAGUGAAGCACAGGGAUCCAGCUACUUCUAUAUCAACUUUAUAGGAGAUGCAAGUUUUUUUUCCUACUCUGGCCAAGUUAGUUCAGCUCUCAGAAUUGGAUUUUACAGUUCUUGAAAUCCCUUGAUUUUUUUUUUUUUUGGUUGUUUGUUUGUUUUGAAAAGAAGUCCAGAUUUAAGACAGUUGUGUGGCAAAAUAUAAUUCGGUAGGUCCAGCAAGAUGUCAAAUCUCUGUUUUGGCUUUACCACUUUUGAACCUCUUGAGUUUGCAGCCUUUGAACAUGUACCCAAGAGACCAUUUUUUCGACUUUCCAGCUGAAUUUCAGAAGCGCUUGGCACGGAUAAGCCUUAGUUAAAUAAAAUGGUAUAAUUAAAAAAAACAAAACAAAACGAAUGUGUGACAAGAAAUGCAGAAUGGAUGGUCUGGAAGAAGACUAGACAGAGCUUCAAAUAUGUGUAUUCCUUCCCCUUUUCUCUGCUUUUUCAGCGGACAGCCAAGCAAUCAACUGAACUACUGUAUUUUUUGCUUCGUAAGACGCACUUUUUUGUCUCCCAAAAGUGGGGGGAAAUGUCUGUGCGUCUUAUGGAGCAAAUAUUGUCGAAGCCCCGCCCACCCUUCGGCCCCCACCCUUCAGUUUUUUGCCUCCGUGCAUCCCGUUUUUGGUCUUUCGUGGAGGGAGAAAAUGGGUUGCAUGGAAGCCAAAAAUGGGGCAUGCGGAGGCCAAAUCGGGAUGCAAAGAGGCCAAAAAUGGGGUGCCUGGAGGUCGAAAACAGGAUGCCCAGACGCCGAAAACGGAAGUGCAUCUUAUGGUCAGGUGCGUCUUAUGGAGCAAAAAAUACGGUAGUUUGCUUUUGAUUUAGGCAAUGACAUUUGCCCGCCGGGAAUGCACAGAUGGAAGUUAGAAGGAGUGGCUGGCCAAGGAAAUGAAUUUCAAAUAAUUACAGCCCAUUUCAGCUCCCUUUAGCUGCUAUCGGUUACCCUUGCUACAAACUGUCAUUUGCAAAAUCCUUUGUGGGAUCAUGGUUUGCCCCAUGGAUUGUUAGAGGAGUGAUUAUCAUUCGUUUUGCAGACAGUUCACACCAGCCAACAGCUGCUUUUAACCAAAAGAUUUUAACUCCGAAACCCCUUUUUCUAAUGGCUCCUUUCAAAGAACACAAAGCAUCCAUUUCUUACAAAGUUGCUUCCAUCCAACGCAAAAAAAACCCUCCACAAAAGGGAUUCAUUCUUGAUGUUCCCUUUUCCUUUGGCUGAAGACAUCGUUUAAUUUUUGUUUUGUUUUUAUUUUUAUUUUUGCAAAGAAAUCAAUAUUGUAUUUCGACGGCUAAUGGGAUCAUAUGCUAAAUUUGCACUGGCUUCUAAGGGUGUUGAUUUAGGCCUGAAUUAUUAUUAUUUUUUUUAAAAAAGUACAGAAGUCAAUCUGUGGCAAUAGAGGGGGAAAAAAAUCAAGAUUAAAGGCUAGCAGUCAUUCGCAUGAAUGAUGCUUACUUAAGGGAUAUCUUUCUCCCGCCUUUCUUUGCUUAGUGCAAAUUUGCUUCGUAUCAUCCAAUAUUAAAUAGCUGUCGGUCUCGGGAACCCACAGAGCAGAAAUCCUGAUUCUGCAUUCUCCUUGGCGAAGAGGAUAUUAUAUUAUGCACCUUCCCUCCCCUUUUAGCAAGAGAUGCUUAUCCUGUUAUUUCACUUGGCUGACACGCAGGCUUCCCUUUGUGAGAAUCGGGGUUCACAAAGGCCUUUGGGACGUGCCCCCAUUUAAAUUCUCCCGGGAUACGAAGCUUUUGCUUCAAUCUGUAAUCUCUAUUUUGAUUACAUGUAGCGUUUUUUUUAAUAAGAAAAAUCAGCCUGCAUUCCAUUUUCACACAGGUGGGGGGGGGGAAAUCUGCAUUUCACUUUAUUUCUUCUCUCGCCCAGCUGAACAUUCUAGUUGUACUGAUUAUCUGAUAACGGAGGCAUUCAACUCCCUUUUAUAAAAUCCCUGGAUUUCUUCUACCCAGGUCUUAAAAGACCCAGGUAAGACCUCUUUAAUAAUAAAUAUCGCUCCUCGCAGAGUGACCUUCCCAAGUGGCUCCAUUUUAGGAACAUAGCCUCUCCAUGUCCUCUUCCUCACUUGAAUGAUUAUCUGGUUUGGCAUUUUCCCGCUGCACCAAAUCCAAAGAAGAGACACAGCGUCGGUUCGAGAAUCCUCAAAAAUGAUAAGUUUCUACUUAGAGGUAAAUUUCCUAACGGAGUAAUAAUGAUUUCACUGAGGUGUGUUUAUGUGUCAUGGCACAUUCACAUGGAAGUACCCUGUUUCCCCGAAAAUAAGACCUCCCUGGCUCUUAAUAAGCCCAAUCGGGCUUUUGAGUGCUAAAAUAAGCCUCCCCCCUCCAAAAAUAAGCCCUCCCAAAAAUAUUUAAACACAUGCGCAGCUGGUCCCCGCCAUUUCCUCUGAUUAGGGUUAGGGAGACAGAGCUGGAAAUCAGGUAAGAUGGCAAGAGGAGUCCCGUCUUGCUCCACAUGCCCCAAAAUAAUAAGACCUCCUCGAAACUAAGGCCAAACGCUUAUUUUGGGGUCCAAAAAAACAUAAGACAGGAUCUUAUUUUUGGGGAAACACAGUAUAUUCCCCAGAAAGUUGUAAGGCCACCUCUUGUUUUAUUGCCUUACCUUUUACAAGUUAAAGUCUUCAUAUUAGAAUUCCACUGGAGUUUCUUGCAGGCAGUGCACUAAAAAGAUAACAUCUCGGUUGUAUGUAUGUGUAAGUUAUUCUCUUUAAUGCUUCCUCUCCCAGAAAAUGUGGUUGAUUUCAUUAUCUCCUAAUGUGGUAUGUAAUGGGUCAGCUUUCGCUUGUAAAUCUGAGGUGACACCAUUAAAUGAGUUAAGCCCUUCCUUGUUUUAAAAUCUGUUACAAAUUCAGGACAGAAUUCGGCCUGUUCUGGGUGUGCUUGUGGCAAAUUGAAACCAUAAAUUAUUUGAACUUGUCAAAUAAAUAGCUUUCAAGGCUUUUCUUAUCCAA